CCACAACCUUUGACCUCUACUGCAGCUUCUCUCCCUCUCUGCAACCUUCGCCAUGCCCCAUGUUCUGAAAAACCCCGAAUUUUGAUCCCCUCAGGCUUCUUAUCUUCCUUUUCCUUAUUGGUUAUCGUCCGUCGGGUUUGAAGAACGGGAAAUGGGGUGUUGUCAAAGCAAAGGUGCUGAUGUGAGAGUCAACAGGGUUGCCCGCUGGCGAUCCACGGGCAUUGUUGCUUUGCGGGACGCCAAAUUGAAGACAUUUCCUGAUGAAGUUCUAGAUCUGGACAGAACUGUACGAACUCUUGACUUAACAAACAAUAAAUUAGUUGAUAUUCCUAUGGAGAUCAGCAAAUUAAUCAACAUGCAGCGACUGAUUUUAGCUGGUAAUCUUAUCGAGCGCCUUCCAAUUAACUUGGGGAAGCUUCAGUCUCUUAAAAUUAUGACUCUUGAUGGGAAUCAGAUCACUUCCUUACCUGAUGAAUUGGGCCAGCUGGUAAGACUUGAGCAAUUAUCGAUCUCUGGAAAUAUGUUAACAUCCUUGCCUGAGACUAUUGGGAGCUUGCGCAAUUUGUCUCUACUAAAUGUGUCUAAUAACAAGUUGAAGUCACUCCCAGAAUCAAUUGGAAGUUGCUUUUCUUUGGAAGAAAUACAGGCAAAUGGUAUAAAAUUUUCAGAAGAUAGUGGUUUAAGUGGAUGGAUAAGCUUUGAUGAAAUUCUUUUGUCAACUUAUAAAGACCUACGAUGUUUUCGGACUGUUGUUCUUAAUGGUGCAUUACUUCUUUCGAUAAUCAGUAAGACUAUGAUUAGAUGGGGCCCUCUUUCCUAGUUAUUUUAGCAUGUUUGGCUUGUAAUGUGAUAUGGGUCAGGAGAAAUUGAAUAUUGCAUGUGCCAAAUGGUUGGCUUGGUUUUUGCCUAGUCUGGUUUUCUUUGCACAGCGUCAUUUCUUCUGGUUGUGACCAUUGAUAAUUACGUCUUUUAUAAUUAUUUGCAUUUGAUUUAGUCCCAUCCUACCUACUUGAUUUUGAGCAUCUUCCAGGAUUUGUCUUGUUAUUUGUUCAUCAUCAUUUUGUGAGCUAGAAGGGGUCUUGCCAAAGUGUACACUCUAUUUUCCCCAUGGAUUUGGAAGAACACAUCCCCUCCCGGAAGAAAAAACCUCAGUUACCAUGUGAUGCAGUCAAGGAAGGAUAUUUGGAAGAAUAAUUUAUAUGAUUUAGGAUUCUUUUAUAAUAAUGAAUAUUUAGGAGGAGUUAAUUUGUGGUGUCUGAUGUAAUUCUAGAUCUAGGGAAAUUAUAUUUUUUAUGCUUAGUUUGUUGCUAUUAGGAUUUGAUUUAGUUCCUAUUUUGUUUAGGUUUUGAUAGCUUUGAUUAAGAGUCUCUUAUUAUAAUCUAGGUAACUGCUGUUAUGUAUUAGGGUUAGAUAGAUUAUGAUGAAUUGAAUAAAGAUUUCCCCAAAACCUAUUUGCUUCUUUUAUAUUGACAGCCUAUUUCUUCUAACUCUCCCUUUCUUUUCCUCUAUUUUUAACUUUGCUAUCUCUGUUCUGCAUCACCAUUGCCAUAAGUGUUUGCUUUCUCUGAUUGUGGUAGUUUUGGUGCAUGGCAUGUUUUGUCAACCUAUUUUAACUGCCCAGCUUCAUUAUUGCAAAUUUGACAGAUAAUCUUAUCCAAGAUCUUCCUUCAUCAGUUUGCAAUCUCGCUCACUUAAAGUCACUUUGCCUGAACAAUAAUAAUGUGAGCCAGGUAAG